AAGAUUUGUGUACAGGAGGAAAGUUAGUAUUUGAGAUUAGCUCCUACAAUAAGAAGACAUCUAUCUCACGAACAGUCCACAGCUACAAGCCCAAAGUAUUCUCUAUUCCCUUGGAUUGUGGGGAACAAUUCAACCAGAAGUUAGCAUGGAGGAUCUGAAAGCGUUCUCUUUGGACUCUUGCCUAGAAGGAUAUGGUCCUCUGGUACAGAUGUCUCACCAGCCAUGCCUUCAGCCACCUAUGGGGUCAACUGGAUUCUCCAUGACCCAUUGUCUCCCUCAAAACCCAAUCAGAACUUGUUGUCCUGGAGGUUACACCAAUCCUGGGGAGCUGCCAACUUACCAGGACAACAUCGGGGGUGCAGACUGUCAUAUAAUCCAUCAAUUCCUUUUUUCAGUCUCUAGAAUAAUUACACCUGGAUUUAAUGUGUCGACUUCUGGCUGCCUUGGAUAUAUCGGAGAUGGGACAAAAACGUCCUUGUACUUUCAACAUACAUCUAAAAGAAAAAGGAGGGUCCUUUUCUCCCAGGCCCAGGUGUACGAGCUAGAGAAGAGAUUCGAGCAACAGAAGUAUCUCACGGCCCCUGAGCGAGAGCAGCUGGCUAAGAAUAUCCACCUUACACCUAACCAGGUCAAGAUCUGGUUCCAGAAUCAUCGCUACAAAAUGAAAAGGCAGGCCAAGAACAGGGAGGAUCUGGGCGAAGAAGAUUCUAAACCCUACAGUGUGGAGUCUGAUGAGGUCAAGGUGGCAUGUCGAAGCCCGUGCACUUCCCUAGAGGAUUAUGGUGACAUGAAGCUGGAAUACAAGGGUUCCAUACAAGACCAGCAACUUCAUGGCCAUGGUCUGCUGUUAGCACAAGACUUCCUCAGUUCUGCUUCAGAUCUCCAUGAAUUUGACAAAUCUGCGCGAAAUAUGGUCUUCAAACCUUGGUGACUGGUGGUGGAAAAUUCACUCCUGCCCAACAUAUAUUUUAUACUAAAAGAAUUGCUGGCUCAUAGGAUACAUGCCUCAACUGCCCUCCAAACAUUGAUUUAAAAGAAAUACACUGAGAUGACACUUAAAUCGGAUGUAGAACCGAUAACGCAAAUACAUAUAGCAGCUUGUGGGUACAUAUGCUCACUAUCCAAUUUGCAGAUGUAUAUAUGGGUUUCACAAUAGGGACAUAUACAGUAUGAGCAGUAGGUGACACAGAAAAUGUUCCAGAUUCAUGCUUGAGAAGCUAUAGAGGAUUUUCUUUAUAUGCAAAGUGUCUUACGAUUAAACCAUAAUGCUUUACGACUUAAUUUAACAUUGACUUUUCUAAAAUGUAAAGACCAAUAACUGCCAUUUUAGUGUGCGGAAGACAUUCUUGUGAAUAUGGAGGUUAUGUUGAGUUGAGUGUAAAGUGCUUUUUGCUGCAUAAAGUACGCCUUUUACUUCUGAGUACAAAGGAAUACAUACGUUGGUGGCCAUAAGAAUACUCAGUCACAUCUUGCUGUAACGAUUGCUUGCAGCUCUUUACGGGGUAGAUGAGGAGGAAAUGAGGGGGUGUGUAGGCAUUGCCAAAGUAUAAUAUGGGUAUGAGGAGCAAUUUGACCUAUAAAAACUGGGACACAGAUAAAUAUUCACAUGUCAGCAGCUGGGAAACACGCAGUUGAUCGGCCCCAUGUACGAGUUACAAAAUCAUGGUGAUGACGCAAAUUAUAUCUUUUUCCAGAAACAUUUUAUGUUUAUAGUUUAAGCUCAAGUUGCGUCCAGCUCAACAUGACCCCCUGUUUCUUCAGACACACUCUGCUAUAGUUCACCAGCUUCAUAUUCUGUGCAGUACUGGGCUUUUAGAGGCUAUUGUACCUUAUGGUAAAACUCACAUCUCGAAGUUGAAGGGUUUUCUAACACAAACACCAAAAACAUAAAAGAAAAAUGACUGUGUUUAUUUAAAUGAAUAAAAAAGUGCAUGUGAAAAAAACAACAACAAUGGUUUGAUAAUUGGUAAGAGAACAAUAGACUAUUCUGUCAACAGAAGACCCUUUCACAUGUCAGUAUUCAAGGGAAUUGGAACUAAAGUGCAAAUGUAACAAUAGACCCUUAUAACAUGAAGUUGUUACUAUAAUUUUUCAGAACUAAAAAAGGAGCAUUUAAAACCCCAGAGAAAUAUUUGUAAGAAUGGGACAUAUUAAAAAUAAUCAGGUAUAUUGAUAACCCUUUUAACAUGUCCUUUAAAAAAAAUCUGAGAUGUCCUUUAGCAAAAAUAUUAGCUAUAAGAUAUUGAUAAACUAGCAAAAAAAACCCUAUUAACUUUACUGCCAAAAAUAUGCAGGUUUUUCAUGUUUAUUUACAAUCUACAUUUGUAUUAAAAAUUAUUUUUCCUAUCUUUCUAAUAACUCAUACAAUUUACAGUAAAACUUUUUUUACUGGUAUUUGUUUUUAUAUAUACAAAACUUUAUGCAUAUGUGUCCUUUUUUCAUUUAAUUUUAAUUUAACUUAGUUAUUUUCAUAGUAAGAAAGCACUUUGGAUAAGGGAACACAAAA